AUGGAAUCACCUCGUCAUUUUAUUCCGACGUUAACUCCGGCCGUUGGAUUAACAAUCCACCUGGCAUUAAUUUAUUUGCCAUCAAACAUCUACGCACACACCGUUUCUUUUCAUACUGCUUACGGUCUCUAUAAAAGAACUCAACCUCUCACUACCGUAACAAACACAUAUCAAAGCACACAGAAAAUGGGUCUUUCAAUCUCUAAACUUCUUCAAGGACUCUUUGGAAAAAAGGAGAUGCGUAUUCUGAUGGUUGGCUUGGAUGCCGCUGGUAAAACAACCAUCUUGUAUAAACUCAAAUUAGGUGAAAUUGUUACAACUAUUCCUACAAUUGGUUUCAACGUUGAGACUGUAGAAUAUAAAAACAUUUCCUUCACCGUUUGGGAUGUUGGUGGUCAAGACAAGAUCCGUCCAUUAUGGCGUCAUUACUUCCAAAAUACCCAGGGUAUUAUUUUCGUUGUUGAUUCAAAUGAUCGUGAGCGUAUCUCAGAAGCACGAGAAGAACUUCAGCGUAUGCUUAACGAAGAUGAACUUCGUGACGCACUCCUUCUGGUGUUCGCCAACAAACAAGAUUUGCCCAACGCCAUGAAUGCUGCGGAAAUUACUGAUAAACUUGGGCUUCAUUCUCUCCGACAACGUCAUUGGUAUAUCCAAGCCACUUGUGCCACAAGUGGUGAUGGUCUUUAUGAAGGUUUGGAAUGGUUAAGCACCAAUUUGAAGCGAAAAGUCUAA